CCCCCCCUCUCCUUCUGCAUCGCCGCCUCCUACUCCGCUAAAAACCACCCCUUCGACCCCCACCGCGACCUCUUCAAAUACGACCCCUCCGUCCGCUCCAAACUCAGCACCCUGCGCCCGAGACCUGGAAUUCGCCCACAGAGCGGCCAGGACUCGUUUUUCGUGAGCGAUGUCGGGGAGACCGGGACGGUAGCAUUCGGCGUCGUGGAUGGGGUCGGAGGAUGGGAGUCUUCGGGCGUCGACCCGGCGCACUUCGCGCAUGGGCUAUGCGACCAUAUGGCGAUGGGCGCGGCGAGGUAUCCGGCGGAGUUUCGCGCCGGUCCGCUGAGGCCGCGGGAGUUGCUGCAGUAUGGGUACGACCAGGUGAUGUCGACGGACGAGAUAGUCGCGGGUGGGAGUACGGCGUGUGUCGCGUCGAUUGAACCCAAUGGACGGUUGAAUGUAGCCAAUCUUGGCGACUCCGGCUUCAUCCACCUCGGCCCCAACCACGUCCGCCACUUCUCCAAGCCCCAAACCCACGCCUUCAACACUCCCUACCAACUCUCCAAAAUCCCCCCCUUCAUGCAACUCCAAAUGCGCCUCUUCGGCCCAGCCGAAGCCCACGCCGAAACCCCCGCUGACGCCCACCUCUCCCACCACCAACUCCACCCGGGCGACGUCCUCAUCUUCGCCACCGACGGCGUCUGGGAUAACCUCAGCCCUGAGGACACGCUGAAGUUGGUCGGGCGGACAAUGCAGGCGAACGGGGCGUGGGUGGUCGGCGAGGAGGGGGUGACGAUUGGAAACCUGCGCGGCGGACAGGGGACGAAAGAUGGGGGAGGAGAGUGUCAGUUGUGCAGCGCGUUGGCGGUGGCAGUAACGCGGGAGGCGAAGGAGGCGAGUCUGAACGGGAUGCGGGAGGGGCCGUUUGCGCGGGAGGUGCGGAGGCAUUUUCCGGGGGAGCAGUGGAUGGGGGGGAAGCCGGAUGAUAUUUGUACGGUGGUGGCGGUGGUGCGGGAG